AUGUUCAAGUACAUACCCAUCUUCAAGGGAUGCAACCGACAGAUCGAGUACGUCGACAACCGGCACUCGUCGUUGCCGAACGUGCCGGAGGAGAUCUUCCGCUAUUCGAACAGCCUCGAGGAGCUGCUGCUGGACGCGAACCAUAUCCGCGAUCUGCCAAAGGGCUUCUUCCGGCUGUACCGGUUGCGGAAGCUUGGCCUGAGCGACAAUGACAUCCUGAAGAUUCCCUCCGACAUCCAGAACUUUGUCAACCUCGUCGAGCUCGAUGUGUCCCGUAACGAAAUUGGAGACAUUCCCGAGGACAUCCGGCACCUGCGGAGUUUGCAGAUCGCCGACUUCAGCUCGAACCCGAUCCCCCGGCUGCCGGCCGGUUUCUCGCAGCUCCGGAACCUUACCGUGCUCGGGUUGAACGAUAUGUCGCUGACGUCGCUCCCGCAGGAUUUUGGCUGCCUAUCGAAGCUGGUGUCGCUGGAGUUGCGCGAAAACUUGCUGAAGAACCUACCGGAGUCAAUUAGUCAGCUGACGAAGCUGGAGCGGCUCGAUCUGGGCGACAAUGAGAUCGACGAGCUGCCGCCGCACCUGGGCUACCUGCCGUCGCUGCAGGAACUGUGGCUCGACCACAACCAGCUGCAGCGGCUGCCGCCCGAGAUUGGGCUGCUGAAGCGGCUGGCCUGCCUGGACGUGUCGGAGAACCGGCUGGAGGAGCUACCGGUCGAGAUUGGGGGGCUCGAGUGCCUGACCGAUCUGCACCUAUCGCAGAACCUACUCGAGACGCUCCCGAACGGGGUGUCGCAGUUGACGAGCCUGUCGAUCCUGAAGCUUGACCAGAACCGGCUGCACACGCUGAACGAUAACGUCGGUUGCUGCGCCAGCAUGCAGGAGCUGAUCCUGACCGAGAACUUCCUAAACGAGCUACCGGCGACGGUGGGUAACAUGGUGCUGUUGAACAACCUGAACGUCGAUCGGAACGCGCUGGUGGCGGUACCGGCCGAGCUCGGUAACUGCCGGAAGCUGGGCGUACUGAGCCUGCGGGAGAACAAGCUGACGAAGUUGCCGGCCGAGCUGGGGAACUGUAGCGAGCUGCACGUACUGGACGUGUCCGGUAACCAGCUGCAGCACCUACCGUACUCGCUCGUCAAUCUGCAGCUGAAGGCGGUCUGGUUGAGCGAAAACCAAUCGCAACCGGUGCCGACGUUCCAGCCGGACGUGGACGAGGCAACGAACGAGCACGUGCUGACGUGCUUCCUGUUGCCCCAGCAGCGCUACGUCCCGUCGGCGAACCCGAGCCAGCGUGACCAGGACACCGACUCGGAGAACUGGGAGGAACGGGAAGCGUCCCGUACGCACUCGGUCAAGUUCACGGAGGACUUCGGCACCGACAAGGACACACCGUUCGUGCGCCAGAACACGCCCCACCCGAAGGAGCUGAAGAUGAAGGCGCACAAGCUGUUCGCGAAGGAGCGCAAGGGUGACGAUGCGUCCGCUGGCGCGGGUGGCGGGGCCCUCGACACGCUCUCGGAGGAGUCCGUAUCGCGACCAUCGCUACCCGGAGGCCAGCUGAGCAAGACCGGGUACGGGGCGGCCACCAUGGAAGACAUCCAGGGUGCGAUGCCGAACGAGCCGGCAGUCACCGCCACCGGCCAGGAUGCGGAUGUUUAUCACCCAGCAGCAACGGGGGCGGCUCCGGCCGACCCGGGUGAUGACGAUGGGUUCGAGCGGCGCGUCGGCUUCGAUGUGAUCGAACCGACGGGCGCUACCGCUACCAGCGGCCACGAAGGUGACGACGGAGACGACGGCUACCAGUACGGUGGCGACGGUGAGGACGGUGACGAGAAUUGCGCCAAAAAGCCCAUCUCCAAGCUGCACCGCAGGGAUACGCCGCAUCAUCUGAAGAACAAGCGCGUGCACCAGAGCGGUGCCGAUAAGAGCACGAAUCUGAUGUUUAAUUCGCUCAAGCUGAAGGAACUGUCACCACCGGUGCUGGACGAGCAGCCUGCCAUGGCUGCCGCCGUCGCCCAUGAUCUUACGCCGACCUCCGAUACUCUUGACGCAUACACCUCGCUGAAGGAGGACCGCCUGGAGAUCCACAUCGAGCGCACGUCGGCCGGGCUGGGACUGAGCAUAGCCGGUGGGCGCGGUUCGACACCGUUCAAGGGCGACGACGAAGGCAUCUUUAUCUCGCGCGUCACGGAAAAAGGGCCAGCCGAUCUGGCCGGGCUGAAGGUUGGUGAUAAGGUACUUAAGGUGAAUGGAAUCUCCGUCGAAGACGCCGACCAUUACGAUGCGGUCGAGGUGCUGAAGGCGUGCGGCUCCGUGCUGGUGCUGUUCAUCUCGCGCGAAGUGACCCGCCUCAUCGGCCACCCGGUGUUCGACGAGAGUGGGCCGGUAACACAAAUUAGCAUCCCCGCCGGCGACCCGGCCACCGUCGGGGCGAUAACGUCCGCGUUCGGCAGUUCGGCCUUGGUGGGGUUACCGGUGGACAAUAGCGGUAGUACCGGUGUUACCGGUGCUGCCGUGACCUACACCGGUGCCCUAUCGCCCAACACGGUCGGGCUGCCGAACGGGAACGGGCCGGACGAACGGGAGCUGCUGAACGGGAAGGAGAUCACGCAGAAGGUGAUCCUGCACACCACCCUGAUCCGGGACCAGAUCGGGCAGGGUUUGGGGUUCAGCAUUGCCGGCGGUAAGGGCCACGUACCGUUCAAGGACGGCUCGGAGGGAAUCUACAUUUCGCGGCUGACAGAGAACGGGGUGGCCCACAAGGACGGCAAGAUAAUGGUGGACGACCGGGUGUUGGCGAUUAACGGUGUGGAUAUUACCAACGCUCACCACGACUACGCGGUGCAGCUGCUGACCGAUCACCAGCGUUUCGUGCGUUUGGUGGUGCAGCGUGAGGUUAAGGGCCCGAUCGAACCGCUGCACAGCCCACGCGGCGCCGGCGUCGUCGGUCCGUCGGAUCGUAUCGGAUACGGAGGAACCCGUACCGCCGCCGCUACAUACACCGGCUACCGGCGAUCGAUAGGUGAUGCCCAGGACACCCAGGCUGCUGCUGGUGGUGCGACGGCGGCGAUGCUUGACCCAACGAAACGGACUCAAGUCGACCCGGAAGAGAAGGCACAGGAUCUGCAGCAGCAGCACAAGAAGGACCAGCCAUCGCACUCGUUGCCAUCGUCCGGCAACACACCCGCAUCGCAAGAUCAGCCACCACCCAUCGACCACCAGCCACUAACGCAACAGCAACAACAGCCCCCAUUACCUGCACCCCGUACAGUAUUAACGCAAAGCGCAAAUAACAAUCACAAGCACGAUAGUAACGGUGUGGGCCGGAAGCAGUCCGAGUCUGGGCCGGACGCAUCGGAAACGGGCGCGGCUGCCGCUAAUAACAGCGGCGGGGUAGUAGCCCAGGCCUCGCACGAUGACUCGCAGGUGGCAGCCCGGCCGAUGACCAGCGCAGACUUUCAGGCCAUGAUACCGUCACACUUUAUCAGCGGCGGGCGGCAGGUGAAUGUGGAACGGGCCGAGCACGGUCCGUCGGUAACGGUGACGGUGCAGAAGGCCGUCCCGGACAUGCCGAUGUUGCCGCCGGCACCCACCGAGCUCGGUACCGUUACCGAAACGAUAACCAAGUCAACAUUCACAGAGACGGUAAUGACGCGCGUUACCGACAAUCGCUUAUUGGAGCCACUAAUCAGUGAGGAGGUGAUUCUUCCAAAGGAUCAAGGUUCGUUAGGGUUUAGCAUUAUCGGUGGUACGGACCAUUCCUGUACACCGUUUGGGGCUCACGAGCCGGGAAUCUUCAUUUCACAUAUCGUUGCCGGCGGUAUAGCGGCGUUGUCAGGAAAGCUGCGCAUGGGUGAUCGUAUACUGAAGGUGAACGGUACCGACGUAACGCAGGCUACGCACCAGGAGGCAGUAAUGGAGCUCCUGCGACCCUGUGAUGAUAUCAAGCUGACGGUCCAGCACGACCCAUUGCCGGCCGGAUUCCAGCGUUUCAAAAUAGUUCCAUUAAGCACUGAGGAGAUACACAUCGUCAAGCGGGAAGGUGAACGGCUCGGCAUGCAUAUCAAGGGUGGGCUGAAUGGACAACGGGGCAACCCUGCCGAUAAUCUGGACGAAGGCGUUUUCAUUUCUAAGAUUAACAGCAAUGGUGCAGCGAAGCGGGAUGCCCGUUUGCACGUCGGUAUGCGCAUCCUCGAGGUGAACGGACUGUCGCUACUGGGCGCCACACAUCAGGAGGCGGUGGAUGCGUUGCGGGCCUCUGGCAACCAACUUCAGCUAGUGGUUUGCAAGGGCUACGAAAAAUCAGAUCUACUUAACCUCGCAGGCAGUGCGGGAGGAAUGAGCAGCGGCAUAGGGAAUAACGGCGAUAGUACUCGCAUCGGUUCACGUGCCUCGGAGACGGGAUCGGAGCUAAGCCAAAGCGUUUCCAGUCUCGAUCGCGAAGAUUCGGUCAUCCUCGCUGCGGACCCGACCCGGAAGCUGAGUGUGGACAGGAUCGAGGAAGAAGCGCUUUCGAAAACAUCAAUGACCGCUGUUGAAACGCCUAUCGAGCCCCCGGAAGUUUAUUCCAAAGCCUUGGCCCCGAUCAAUGUUUCGAACGAGCAGCAACUGGUAGCGGUAGGAGUGAAGGAAAAGAGCACUCCCGAGAAGGUGCUGGACAUUGUGCGUGCUGCAGAAUCAUUGGCGCUUGGCGGCCAAGGGCUGAUCGAAAAUGGACCACCGACGUCGCCAAUUGAAACCGCAUGUUCCGAACCACUGCAAAAAACAACUACCAUAGUAAUGUCGAAGCAUACGCUCGACACGCAAGCACCUCAGGUCGAACGGGCAGCCCGUGGACGGUCGUUGACGCAUGCGAAUGAUCCCAGUCCCAGUGCCGCCGCCGCCUCCUCGGUCGCUCUCCUUUCUAACUCGCCCGCAAGCGCAGUAGUAAACCAGCGGCGGGCAGCCGUUGAUAGCACUAACAACAACACCUCUCCGACCGCCGCUCCGACGACCAAACCCGUCACUCAAUCGUCACUCCCGCCCCCACCGGUGCAGCGGAAGUCGGUGAGUUUCGAUUUGCACGAGGACGAAACGGUGCUGCUGCUGGACGACCACCACCAUCCGUUGCCUCCUCAUCAGCCGUUGCUGAAGGGGAUCCUACGAUCGGGCGACCCGUCCGUGCCCCCGCCGGUCCAUGGCCACCACGAGGAUGAUGAUGAGGACGAUGAGGACGAUGAGGACGAUGAGGACGAAAGUGAGGAAGAUGAAGAUGAGGAGGAUGAACAGGAGGAACCGGAACAGGUCGUUGCGGUGCGGCACGCCGACAUCGUCCACAAUCGGGCGGCCCGGAAGCUGCGGGAGGAGUUUGGCCACGGCGAGCUGGUGGAGUACGAGCACGACGUGGCCACAAACACGGUCCGGCCGAUCCGGCGCGAUCCGGGAUGGCGGGGAACCGGGAUUGCCCAUCACCACCAGCUGGCCCACGGUUACGAGACGGUCGAAGCGGUGCUGGUGGUACCGCCGGCGACGCAAGCGGCAGCCGCCCACCAAAGGAAGGCACAGUUCGUGCACGAGAACACCCACGGGAACAUGCUGGUCCCGGAGAACGUCCACCGGCGGGUGCUGCUCGAGGAGAACGACGUCCGGAACAAGCUGCUGGCGCAGUACCAGCAGGCCGCCCCCGCCUCGUCGUCCUCGGCGUCACCGUCACCGCCGUCGGCGGCGUACAUUUAUGCGUCCCCUCCCCCGGUGCCGGUGGCGGAACUCACCCAGUACCUAUCGCCGCCAUCGCCGGGCGUCGGCAGCAGCAUUAGCAGCGGUGGUUACGAGCUGUCGGCCGUCGGAUCACCCCCGCCUUCGGAUGCUGCCUAUCACCACCACCAUCACCACCACCACCACCUGGCGCCGGCCCAGAUCUACCCCCCGGUGCAGAUUCUGCCCGUCCACUACACGAAGCUCCCGACGCCGCAGCACACCACCAUCUACACGUACACGGGCGGCGGCGGCGGCGGCGGUGGUGGGCGCCCGACGCAGCCGCCACCCCCACCACCUUCGUUCCCGCCAGCCGCCAGCCAGCUGCAUCACCAGCAAGUCCACUAUCAGCAACAGCAGCGGCAACAACAACGCCAAAUGUCCUACUUUGUCUCCCACCCCGGAGAAGGAGGAACGUACGUAUCGGCGGCACAUCCUUCCGGGACGCCGCCGCCACCAGCACCACCAUCAUCACCACCACGAACACUACUACCCCCACCAACACCACCACCACCACCACCACCGUUCGGUGCAAACGCCCCGUCCGGCGGCCAGACGAUGACGAUGAUGUCACCGCCGCUAGGGCCACCGAAGGCACCAAAAAGUGUUUCCGACAAGAAGCGAUUCUUCGAGAACGCCAUGGAAAAUCAGCAGAAACCGACUCCAAAAUCAGACAAAGUCUUCUCCUUUCUAUCGCAAGACGAGGUAGAAAAGUUGAGACAGGAGGAGGAGCGCAAAAUUGCCACGCUCGGUCGGGACAACAUCCAGCGGCGCUACGAAGCGGAAGACGAGGGCCAAUCGGACAGUGAGCAGCACCAACAGUCCGACGGGUACGACGAUCCGGAAGCGGAAAAGUCGGACAUUAACGACAACAGCGUGAGGAACGAUUCGCCGCGAUAUUCGACGCCGCGGGAGGAGUCGCCGAUGGCGGCGCAACAGAAACUGUCCCCGGCGCAGUUGGCGGCGCUACUGAGCAAGACGCCGGUGGUUAGCCGUAUACCGAUCCGGACCGCAAACGCUGAGAAGCGUGCCCGGGCCAACAACUGCCUGCCUCCGGAAUACGAUGAAUCGAAGCUUAGCCCGUCGGAGAUCCGAGCACUGAGAGCCCAAAAGCGUGCAGCUUGGCGUCAGGCGCGACUAAAAUCGCUGGAAAAUGAUGCACUGCAGGCGCAAAUUAUGAUCCAAACGAUGAACGCGGUCGUGCUCAGCGAGGACACAUCAACGAACGACGCCAGUGCCGGUGACGCAACGGUGGAAGGUCAGCCUGGUUUCCAACCAUUGCACGUAUUGAACGAAGAGACUGCCGCACCGUGGCAGGACAGCACGGCAACCAGCAGACAGGGCGUGUACUGUGGGGAUGCUGGAGACCAUCAGAACGCCCUGCAAGAUGAUACCACCAUCUCUGAGGGAGCCGUUCUGCGCUUUCCGCGGCUCGCCGUCAAGUCGCGCCCGGGCAGUGAGGUUGUCGUCCGCGAGACCGAGAAGGUGGUCGAGGAGAAGGUGACGCAUCGGACGGAGGAAGCUCCCGGCGGUGGACUUUGGACGGUUGAGUACAUUGAGAAGGUCAUCGAAACAGAGGUGGAAACCAUGCGCGAAAAGAUCAUCAUGUUUGAGCUUGAAGAUUCGUUGGGCGGUGAUAGUGAGGGUGGAUUGGACAUGGGUGAGCCGGAAACGGAACACUGCGGCACAGUGGAGCCCGCUGUGCACCAAAACGGUGCCGGUGCCGAAGACGUGGGCGACGGAGCGGGAUAUGCGACGGUAAAUCAGCAAGCGGAACCGAAACUACAAACGAUUGUCGAAGUCAUCAAUCCGAUGCUGACCGGUGACGGUCAACCGAAUGAUAUUGCCAUCGGGCGUUACAACGACACCUACGGCGAUGAUUCGUUUGCUUCCGCGCGUGCGUCACCCCCGCAUCAAGCUGCCGCCGCACUCGAGUACGAGUCGGUGAACGACAAAAUGAAGCACGUCCUGCGUGAAUUGAAGCAAAACGAGAAAGUGAAGCAAAACUUGUCGAAGAGUCUCACCGAGAAAGAGUUGGCGACGCCGUCGGAUGACGAGCAGCAGCACUGUGGGCUGGAGGAUCGUGAUAGUGAUGACGACGUAACCGACCUCAUCGAGGGCGGGCUACUGGAGGAAGCGGAAGAAUAUGAAGAAAAAACCGGUGCUAUCGGUACCGUGUUUAUGGUGCGCGAGCGUUUGAUUAAUGAUUUCUACACGCACCAGAGCGAUCUGGCUCAAGAGCAACAGCAGCAGCACCAACACCACCAUCAUCAUCACCAGUGGGCACACCCGCAGAAGCUACUCGAUGCCACCUUCCACGACUGCGAGGUGAUCACGAACCCGAACGCCGAAGGCUUCUCGGCCGAUUUCGAUAGGAAUUGCAAUACGGGAGGGCUACACGGCUACACGAACGAGGAUUGUGACCGGGAUGACUACGAUGGUGAGGGCGGGGACGACCACCAGAAUGGCAACGGCAGUGAGGCGAUGCUGCUGCAGGCUAGGGAAAAGCAGAGCUCCCAGGCCGAUGAUGAUGAUACAACGAUGAACACUCCUGCGGCCGACGAAACGUUCGCCAGCUCGGCCGCUAGCGGCGCUAGCUCGAAACGAAAGAAACGGAAGAGCAAGAAGAAGAAAUGAAGCCGUGGUGCACCCAUUUUACUCGAGAUAAAUAGGACUGCAGCAAACACUCCCCGUUAAGCAACGUUCUAGGAGGGGCCUUCCAAAACCUGAUCCUGUUCUUCCAGGGUGCGACCACCUCAUUUAGCGCGCGUGGUGUGCCUUCAGUUUUAAACGUAUCUCGCCCGAUUCUCUUACUAUGGACAUACUAUUGAAACACCGUACAGCAUUAGCUGAGGUUCGUGCGUGUACAUGUAUGUGUAUGUAUACAAACCGUCCUACACGUUCAACGGUGUGUACUGAUCGAAUGCACUGCGAGCUUUCGUUUUAUGUCAUUAUAUUGUAAAAGGAGGAGAGAUGAGAAGCAGGUGAUCGAGCAAGCAUAUAUUGAGUAGGGUUAGACCGUAGGUAAAUCUUCUCUUCACGAGUGCAACACGAUGGCCCCCCAUAAUGAACACCGUGUUCUCGAUCAGCUUUUGUGUUACUCAAGGGACCCAAUUGGGCGCCGGCCAGAAGCGGGCGUCUGCCUUGUUUACUUUAUUUUAAUACGCACUAUUCCAGUUUAAUAGACAAAUGAAACGAACAGCAAACCGUCACAUCCCUUCCUAUCUGCAACAUACAACGCGCAGAGCCAGUUCAGUUGCAGUUCAUUUAACGCACUAUUUCUGCUGCUUAGGAUACUCGUCUUAUUUAUACACACGCAUGUACUCCGAACAUCUUUUUUUUGUCAGCCCCGCGUUGCUAUAAGAUUUUAUGUGCUCGAAUGCAAUAAUUAUCAUAUAAUGCAUGAAUUUUUUUGCCUUUCAAGUAUCUCGUAAUAUUUAUCGCAAUUUAUGCAUUUUUUUAAUUUUUACGUUUCAAUUGAUGCAAUUUAUGUAUUUGCGUUGUAGAGCCCGGUAAAGGCUCUAGCGCUGGAAGAGGAUGAUAGGGUGUCACACACACAGGGUUGUCUCAUCCGUAGCAGCAGUAGUUUAUUGCAAUUAUUCCCCAUUUUUUUUAACAGCAAUAAUUCAGUAGUUUUGACAUCCUGUGUAUAUGAUAAUAAGAAACAACAAUAAAAAUCGAUAAA